AUGGAAGAUAUAGGGAAGUUGAAUUGGAACAUAACCAAUAUUCUCGAGAACUUGGGAGUGGAAUCAGAAAGUUCUUCGGGCGAAAACGAGAAAGGUUCGUCUUUUGUUACCUUCUAAUCCCAUAAUAUACUCUUUGUUUCUAAUUUUGGUUCCGAAAAUUUCUUAUCUUAUCAAACUUUGAACAGUUCCAAAGUCGUUGCUCUUUGAGAUGUCCAUGAUACUUGUCAAUUUUCUGUGUUUUUAUUUACCAUUUCGGUUCCAGAAGAAGAAGACUACUCGUCUUUAUCAGAUUAUGAUGACGCCACCUUGGACUUUGGCGAUGUUGGUGGAGGAGGAGGAGGUCUUUAUUCGUUCUUUAUUUCAUUUUGAUCAUCUACUUCCAGAUUUCACCAAGAGAUUCAAUGCGGCUCGCCAGAAUGCCCUUGGACCCAACAGUAAAAGCAGAAUGAGUUAAUAUUCCUUCAAAACAGUUUUCCCAUUGCUUUCUGCUUCAGAUGAAGCUGAAAAGACGGCAGAUUCCACGGAGGACCGGAAAAGAAAGAGAAUUAAGGAUAGGGCUGAUCGAGCCACUGUUGAACAGGUUUGGUUAGAUUUCAAUUUUUUUGAUCCAUUUGAAUAAAUAUCUUUAUGAUUUUAUGAUGAAAAAUGAAAAACUUGGUCUGGUAAUCAAUUUGUUGAUUUAUGACAUCUUUUUCAAAGAAUUUUUUUAUUAUUUUUCAUAUGAAAAAAACUAGUUGUGAGAUUGAAAGAAAAAAACGUUAACUUUUUUUGGAUGAAAUACAAUUUCGAACAUACUUUUUCAGCUUCUAGUUUUAUUAUGAAAACGUAAAAAUUAAGUUAUUUCUUCGUUCAAAUCAUUUGACCAGUAGCUCUGUAAUUAUUAUUUUUCCCGGUUUUUAUCUUUUCUGUGAACUCGGCAAUUUUCUUUUUCGAUUCCUUCAAAAAAUUCCUGCUUGGACCUGAAAUAUCUGCGAAAGAGGCUUUUUUUUUCUUAACCUCUGUUAAAUUUGUCUAUGAUUCUGACAAGAGAACAUUUUCAGCCCCUGUUCAAAUUUCGAUGAAAACCUGGCUGAACUUUACUUUAAGACCUCCUGAUUACAGAACGAAAAAUUUCUUGCAAUUGAUCUUGUUUUCGAUUUAUGAAGCUUCAAAGUUUAAAAAAUACGGGAAUUGCGUCGAAAAAGCGCUAUUUAAAGCUUUUGAAGAGUCUCUAAUUCAAAAGAGAUUUUUUUUCGCAAAUCAGGAGGUUCUGAAGUACACUCCAGCCAAGUUUCAUCAAAAGUUCGACCGAGGGCUGAAAAACGUUUCCUGGUUAGAGAAAGCCAAUGAAAGGAAUUUCCAGGUUCUGGAUCCCCGUACACGGCUCGUCCUUUUCCGAUUACUACAAAAUGGAACUUUGAAUAAUAUCCACGGGUGCAUUUCAACGGGAAAAGAAGCAAAUGUGUACCAUGCGACCAGCGAAUCCCAAAAUUUCGCCGUCAAAAUCUACAAAACCAGCAUUUUGACCUUCAAAGACCGCGAAAGAUACGUUACGGGCGAGUUUCGGUUCGGAUUGACCUUUUGGUUUCUGGAGAAAAUAUCCUUUUUCAGCUAUCGCAAUGGCUAUUGUAAGCACAAUCCGAGGAAAAUGGUAGCCGUUUGGGCGGAAAAAGAGAUGAGAAACCUGUCGAGAAUGCACGAAGUCGGCCUUCCCGUUCCAAAGCCGCUUCUUUUGAAGGUAGUCCACUUAUUUUGAAUUUUUAAGUUCUGACGAAAAACUUCAAAUGAAUUAAAAAUUAUCUCGAAACUUCGCUUGCUUUUUAUUUAUUUUUUAAAUCUUUUUACUUUUUGUUUUUUAUUGGUAAAGUGGACUCUUUUUGCGAGACCAAAUUAUAUUCCGGAAAAAAAAAUUCAUUCUUUUUUUUCUUGAAAAAUAUUCUCAACUUUCCAGGGUCACGUCCUUGUCAUGGACUUCAUUGGGAAAGAUGGUUGGCCAGCGCCGUUGUUGAAAAAAACGCCCAAGUGAACGCUGAAGUGAGCUUUUUUUGAGUUUUUUGGACUCAUCUUUUCGAAAAACUCAACUUUUUCUUUACAAAAUUUUUCGAAAUUAGGAAUUUGAAUAGAGUAUUUCAUUUGAAACGAGAGCUUAGAGUUAUUUUAUUCGUUUCAGUAACACUUAAGGAAGCAUAACACGAUGUGAGAAAAAGUUUCAAAGUUAUCUGAGGGCUUUAAAGCGCCUCCAUAAUAUAUUUUAUUUGUAUAUCAUUUAAAUAUUCCCUUCUAUAUUUUAACGCAUUUUUCCAAACAUGAUCUUGAACGCCAUAGACGCUGAUCUCAAAAUUUUGAAUCGAGAAUAAAAGUUUUUUUAUCCUCAAAAAAAAAGGAUACUUUAAAAGUCAUUUUUCCAAGCAUUAUCGAGUGAGAAUCCUCUUUCUUUUCUAAUAAUUUCAUUUCUGACUGUUUUUUGCGAAAGUUCGUUUUUUCAAUUCAAGCCCUCUUCUCGUACUUUUUUUGAGCCCUGCAAUUGCUGCAGUUCCGUAAAGAAAAAUACGAAAAACUGCCUUUUCGAUCACAACUUUCUUGUUGGAGCUCAAUCUUUCUGAAACCUUUUGAAGUUGUGAUGAAUUUUUCUUUUUUUUUUUUUUUUUUUUUUUUUGAAAUACUCUAGUGGAUUUUCAGUUAGCAGAAAAAAAAAACGCAGCCUUAUUCGAAAAGAUUGAGCUCCUUACAAGGAAGUUGCGAGUAAAAAACUGUGAGUACAAAACAGUUUUCGUGACGGUACUAAACGAAGGAAAGAAGAAUGUUUUUGAGGACGGCGAGCGGAUGUACGUGAAACUGUGCCGCGACAUGCGCAAGUUGUACCGCGAAUGUCGUCUGGUUCACGCCGACCUCAGCGAGUACAACACCCUCGUUUUCGACGGUCAGCUCUACAUCAUCGACGUCUCGCAGUCCGUCGAGCAGGACCAUCCGCACGCCCUCGAGUUCCUCCGCAUCGACUGCAACAACGUCAACAAGUUCUUCCGGUGAGUUGAGCAGAUGUUAGUGUCUUCCGCAAAAUUCAUUCAUUUCUUCUUCUUUACCUUCCAAAUAAAUCAACUUACCUUCAUCCAUUGAUUAUCUUUUUACCUUCUCGAGAAAAAUUAAUAAUUUUUUUCAAUUUUUUUGGUUUCAGAAAAUAUAAGUAUCUUCAAGAGAGAACGUGAGAAAUCCUUGUAUUUUCAUUGCUUUUUAAUAUUCUGAAAAUAAAAUAAAAAUUAAUAUUUCUCCUUUUUACCUUCUCUCUUUGCUUUCCGCGUAAGUUGCGAAGAUUUCAGUACCUUUCAGAGAAAAAAAAUUUAUCAAGUUUUUUUUUCACUUCUUGCUCUUCUAAUAGGUUUAGAAGAUGUCAGUCAAGUAAAAAAAAUUCAUUAUCAGUUUUUCUUAUCUUUGUUUGGUAGCCUCAACGUCUCUUACAAGGAAAGCGAGUUAACAAAAAGAGCUGAAAAUUAGGGGAUACUCUGAAAAAAAAACCUAAAAAUAGAUUUCCGAAACAGAGAAGCUAUAGUUCUCACUUUUCAACAAUUACUGACUGUAAUUCUUCUUCAUUUUUCAAUAGUUCCAUUUAUGACUGUUUAUUGCAAAAGUUGGCUCUCUGCUUUUAGGAAUGAUUUAAUUUAUUGUCUAAACUCUUUUGUAUCUUUUUUCUUUUAAGAGCGUUCUUUCAAUAAUGUCUUCAAAAGAUUUUUAUCAAACAUGCUGAAAUUCUCACUUUUAUAACUAAAAGGACAGCCUCAGUGCAGAUAUUUUGGGCCGAAACCUUGGCGAACAAUUUCCGUGAGUGGCCCCUUUACCUCGUCAUGGCGACAUGUCUUGUUUCCUGUUUUCCUCCAUGCGUUUCCAAGCUGUUUUGUUUCGCGAGGCCACCGGGCAUUUUGCAGGGAACUCGGCGUCCGCGUCCUGAGCGUCCGACGCCUCUUCGAAGUCAUCGUCGAUCCGCUUCUGAGCUCGAAAGAGAUGGAAAGUGUGCUCGAGAGUGAGAGGUUGGUGGUACAAGGCCAUCGAGUGGGAGAAUAUCGCGUCAAUUUUCGAUCUUUUUGGUUCUCCUGAUCAUUCAUGGGAAAUUGGAGAACUCAAAAAAAAACAAGGUCAACUUCAAGAAGGGAGAACUGUCUUUAUUUUUAAAAAAAUAUUUACCAUGCUUGCUCCUCAUCCCUACCUUGAUUUUUACUGGGGUUCCGCAAAAGACAAAGAAUAUCUCUAUAAGAGCCAUUUUUAUGCCGUGAUCGAAAUCAUUCCGAAAGUAUAAAAAUACCCGUCAGAAAAAAAGAAAAAAAUAGAAUUAGAUUUUUGGAGUGCCAGAUAAUUCUGGAUUUAGCGCUAACUAUUUUGAACACGGCAUUAGUUUUCGUCGCUUUCUUAAAUUUUUGAAAAAAAAAAUUAAUCGAGCAAGCUUUUUCUAUAAACUUGACGCCAGAAAGAACAUACAAGCCAAAAAACCGACAAUAUAACAAAAUUGAAAUUUGACGCGAUAACCUUUUACCGCCGGAAGGUGUGAACUUGCCGAAACCGGGAUCAAUUAUUCAUUUAUGACCUUCUUUUUUGCUCGCCAGGUCCUCGGAUUGUAAUGACGACGAUGCAUUCUUUAUGAGCGCUUUCAUCCCCCAUAAACUCGAACACGUGCUCCAUUUCGAGCGCGACGGCGUCCUCGCCAAGAAGGGCGACGAGGCCAACAACCCCUUCCAGAAUAUCGUCUCCAAGGUACUUUUUGUCGAAGAAAUUGUUUUAAAAUAUAAAGACAAAAGUUUUCGUGCAGCUCCUGUUUCCUUGAGGCCUCUGAGGUACCGAAAUUUGAAGGAAAGCAGUUUUUUGUCAUUUCUCCUUUUCUCAAACAUAUAUCCAACUUCUUCAUUUCAAAAGUUGGCUCCGAAAAGUCAUCUUCAAGGCACUGUUCUUUCGAAAAAAAAUUCUUGCCAUUCAGGAAAUUUUUCCUCGAAAGAAAGGUUACCAGAAGUGCUUGUCUUCGUUAAAAUUUCAUAAUUUUCAUUGCUGAUCCACAAUCAUUUUCUUUGAAUAUUACCCUCCAAAGUACAUCAAAAAGUUUCUUACCGUCAUUCUACUUUUUUGUGUCUAAUUCGUGUAUUUAUUCGUUUACUAACUCUCUUAUACUUCUUAAUAUAUCUCGUUGUGAUUUUGACUAAAAUGAUACGAAAAAAAAUGUCUGGCUUCACAAUCAAAAAGAUUAUUUUAAAAGAGUGGAAAUUACAGAUUGACCUGAAAGGAGAUCGAUUUGAAAAGGAAAGCUGCUCCUCCAGCGAUGAAGACGACGAACCCCAGAAGAACAAGGAAUCGAAAAUGUUGACCGAAGAGGAAUAUGCCGAGAAGGAACGGAGGCGACAAAUUCAUACUAGGUUACAAUUUAUUUCAAGAAGAAAUAUGAAAGGAAUAUGCAAGGUUUCACAAUAUUAUUUUUGGAGUCUUAUCUUCAGAAAUCCACCCAUAUUCUAGCUUUGAGCGAGUGAAUACAGUUUUCAAAAUGUCGAGCAGAAUUUUCUUAGAAAAUAAAUUGGUUAGAAGAAAAAGAAGAAAAAAGUAUUUGAUUAUUAUAAAUUCGGACCGGCAAGUUUUUUCAACUGGUGUUUUCUUUGGGAAACUUUAAAUCAACUUCAAGAUAAAAAAAAAACGAAAAAAAAGUCCAGACCGAACGAUUUUCUCAGAAAAUGCUAACUGAACUUCUUUUCUUUGUCUUCUGUUUCAAUUUGUAGAUUAAAUAAGGGUUAUAUUUUUUUCCACAGUUUGACAAAGCACUUACUCAGUAAUUAAGGAACAAUAACUUGAAAAAGGCUUGUUUUUUUGUCUUCUUUGUCUUUUAAUCAAUUUAACAUACAUUUUUCUCAUUUUGAACAAUCUGUUCAUUGCGAAAACUGCAAAUAAAUCGAAGGGAAACAGUUUUGAAGCCUUGAAUCCCGGUUAAAAUUAAAAAGGAACUUCGAAUUUUAUUAUUUAUUUUGGCUUUGUUAUAUUGAACACCGAUUUCAAAUAGCUUAAAACUUUAUUUUCUAAAAAAAUCGUUCAGAGGAAAAGAAGAGACCCCAGAAGAACGGAAAGCCCGAAAAGCAGUGAUAAAAGAGGAAAAAAGAGAAAAUAGGAAGGAGAAAAUUCCGAAGCACGUGAAGAAACGAGCGCAUCGGCAGCACAUGAAAUGA